CCGCCACUUACCCGGGUCGGCGGCCAGAGUGCCGGGCUCGCGCUCUCCCCACUCCCGCAGCCAACGGUGAGCCUAGCGGCCAUGACCGCCGAGGAGAUGAAGGCGGCCGAGAACGGGGCGCAGUCGGCGCCCCUGUCUCUCGAUGGAGUGGACAUCAGCCCCAAACAGGACGAGGGCGUGCUCAAGGUCAUCAAGAGAGAGGGUCCAGGCACAGAGACACCCAUGAUUGGGGACCGAGUCUUUGUCCACUACACUGGCUGGCUGCUAGACGGCACAAAGUUUGACUCCAGUCUGGACCGAAAGGACAAAUUCUCCUUUGACCUGGGAAAAGGGGAGGUCAUCAAGGCUUGGGAUAUUGCUUUAGCAACAAUGAAAGUGGGGGAAGUGUGUCACAUCACCUGCAAGCCAGAAUACGCCUACGGUUCAGCAGGCAGCCCUCCGAAGAUCCCCCCCAACGCCACACUUGUAUUUGAGAUAGAGCUCUUUGAGUUCAAAGGAGAAGAUCUUACAGAGGAUGAAGAUGGUGGGAUCAUCCGCAGAAUACGGACUCGUGGUGAAGGCUAUGCCAGGCCCAAUGACGGCGCUAUGGUAGAAGUGGCACUGGAAGGCUAUUAUAAGGACCAGCUCUUUGACCAGCGGGAGCUCCGCUUUGAAGUCGGCGAAGGGGAAAGUCUGGAUCUGCCCUGUGGGCUGGAGGUGGCCAUUCAGCGGAUGGAAAAAGGAGAGCAUUCCAUUUUAUACCUCAAACCUAGCUAUGCUUUUGGCAGCACUGGGAAGGAAAGGUUCCAGAUCCCCCCAAAUGCUGAGCUGCGCUAUGAAGUGCAUCUGAAGAGUUUUGAAAAGGCCAAAGAGUCGUGGGAGAUGAACUCCGAGGAGAAACUGGAGCAGAGCAACAUAGUAAAAGAGAGGGGCACUGUGUACUUCAAGGAAGGCAAGUACAAGCAAGCUUUACUGCAGUACAAGAAGAUUGUGUCUUGGCUGGAAUACGAGUCUAGUUUUUCCGGUGAGGAAAUGCAGAAGGUCCACGCACUUAGACUGGCUUCACACCUCAAUUUGGCCAUGUGUCACCUGAAGCUGCAGGCCUUCUCAGCUGCCAUUGAAAGCUGUAACAAGGCCCUGGAGCUGGACAGCAGCAAUGAGAAGGGCCUGUUCCGCCGGGGAGAGGCGCACCUGGCCGUGAAUGACUUUGACCUGGCACGAGCCGACUUCCAAAAGGUCCUGCAGCUCUACCCCAGCAACAAAGCCGCCAAGACCCAGCUGGCUGUGUGCCAGCAGCGGACCCGCAGGCAGCUUGCCCGGGAGAAGAAACUCUAUGCCAAUAUGUUUGAAAGGCUGGCCGAGGAAGAGCAGAAGGCCAAGGCAGAAGUGGCAGCAGGAGACCAUCCCGCUGAUGCUGAGAUGAAGGGUGAGCCAAACAAUGUGGCAGGGAACCAGUCUCAGGUGGAGACAGAAGCAUAGCCUGCCUCUCCGCCUGCCCACCCCCAUGGCUGCCUUCCUGCUCCCUUCCCUACUCCACCCUGUUAGUUUUGUAAAAACUGAAGAAUUUUGAGUGAAUUAGACCUUUAUUUUUCUAUCUGUUUGGAUGAUGGCUUUGCGGGGGAGGGGAGAAGAGCAGGCUGGGGGUGAAAUGGGGGGUAGUUUUAGAUGGUGUCAACCUCUCUUUCCUUCCCCCAUUACACACAAGUGUAUAUCCUUUCACACAUACAUCAGAAUGUUAAUUUAUUUUGCUCCCUCUGUUAGCUCCAUUUUUCAAGUGGUAGAAAGGGAUAU